GAUCAACCAACUCUUCGGCCGUCUGCUUGUUUCUUAUUCCGCUCCAAUCGCUUUUACUUUCAUAUGCUACUCUUGUGAUACCGGUCAGAAGUCUUUUUCGCAAGAACAUACUUUUCCUUCUUCACUCACGGUUUCUCUUUCUGCAUCCCUCCGUAGCGUUCCUCGGUCUUCUCCUAAUAUAUCUUUUGUUGCCGUCCCGGUCUCUCCUGUUCUCCCACCUCAUAUCACCCUACGAAAUUCGCAUUCCUCUCUACAUCUUUUUCAUGCUACACUUUGACGACUAGAAGCCAAUUCGUUUCACAGACGAUCGAUAUUGUGAACCAAAAAAAUAUACCUGAGCCAUGGUUUGCGCAGCGUCAUCUUUGACGGUGGAGUCUUACGAAGAUGUUACUACCAGUACGAUGGCGUCGGGGAGAGAAGAAGCCAAACCCCUAAGCAAGAGACGACAUUCUUCCUUUCACCCACGACGAAAAAGCAGUGAGCAAGUAAUGGAUGGCGAGGAAAGUCUUAUGCUUAAGGUCGAUUUAUUCCUGUCAGAACUCGAGCGCAGAUUAGAUUUCAUUGAGAAAUACGGAAAUCUGACCUUCGAUUCGAGUAUCCUAUGGUCAUACGCAACAUUGCAGGCUGUAAGGGAGAGAUGUUCGCAGGUUUCUGGCGAAGUGUUAGGGGCUACGAAAAGGAGGGCGAGAAUCAUGGUUGACACGGUUGAAUCGAGAUACCAAGAUGCUUUGGUGGCGCACGAAACAUUACAUGAGAAGGUUCAUACGGGGAUUGGGUUGUUAGAAGGCAUCCUGUCAGAAUUCGAAACGAGAGCAUAUAGAGUCAAGGAAAAGGGAUUAAGGGGUACAGCGGAAAGCUUGAUGGGCGAGGGGCGCAAAAUUGUGGAUGAGGGUUUGGAAAAGGCAAGAGAAGUGGUCGACGAAGGUUUCGAGAGAGCCAAGAAGGCAGCCGGGACGGUAGAAGAACACAUCGAAAACGCCAUCGCUCGAGCGAAGAAACACGGGCUCAUCAGAUACGAAGACCUCCCUACUCCAUGGCGUGUCAACCCACAUAUCGUCAAAGGUUAUCGCUUUACCGAAUCAAAAGUGGAAUGCGUCCAAUCGAUGUUCGGGUUGUCAAACGAAACUGUCAAUAUCUGGUCGCAUGCAAUCGGUUUGCUCAUUGUUCUAUCAGUCGCAUUUUACUUCUACCCCUCCAGCCACGCAUUUUCCCUUAGUACGAACGCCGAUGUCUUCAUUGCGGCAUGCUUCUUCUUUGCUGCUUGUAAAUGCCUAGUCUGCAGUACUAUGUGGCAUACGAUGAACAGUGUAGCCGAUCAAACGCUCUUGGAAAGAUUCGCUUGUGUUGAUUAUACCGGCAUCUCCUUACUCAUUGCCGCUUCUAUCAUGACGGCUGAUUACACGGCAUUCUAUUGCGAGCCUGUAAGUCGCUGGGUAUACAUGGGCAUAACUGCUGCUCUAGGCUUAGGGGGUGUUAUUCUUCCUUGGCAUCCAACCUUCAAUCGACAAGAUAUGGCAUGGGCACGUGUCGCCUUCUACGUCAGUCUCGGCGCAACUGGUUUUGUUCCUGCCUUACAACUCAAUCUCACUCGUGGUGGAGCAUGGGCAGCGGAAUUCUACGCCCCCCUCGCCAAGAGUAUUACUGUUUACUUAGUCGGAGCAUUCGUUUAUGCUAGUCAAGUACCUGAAAGGUGGUGCCCAGGUGCAUUUGAUUAUGUUGGAGGUAGUCACAAUCUCUGGCAUUUCGCAGUAUUGGGUGGCAUCCUCUUCCAUUACGUAGCGAUGCAAGAAUUCUUUGCGAAUGCAUUUGCGAGAGCCGAAAAUGGUUGCACGAUGUACUGAUUUAUUUCUUGGUCAUCAUGGGUUAGAGAUUAUCCAAAGGUUUAUUCUAUUGCAUCUUUUUAAUUACGUUUGGGUUGGGCAUGGCGAGGGCGUUUGGAUAUUGCACAAGGCGUUGCAUUACAUUGCACUUCAUUAGAGCAAAGUAGAGUAGAUAAAGAGAUAGAGACGGGACCAUUUCUAAGGAAAAUUUUGUUAAGAAUGCAUGUUGGUCGGAAAUUUACAAGAGGGACUAGCAGAUGUCCUCACUUCAAUCCUAUAAUGACUCAAAAAAACAAGCCACUUUAAAACAAUUUUGCAGAGCAAAUUAAUUUGAUACCA